AUGAAUCCUCCACAGAUGAACUGGGCUCCUCAUCACGCUCAAAACAACAACGGAAACGCUCUAGCACUGAAUGAUCAAAGACAGGCACCACCACCAACUUCAGUGAAUCAGAAUCAACCAAUGAAUCACAAUCAACCUUAUAUUCAGCAGGUAAUCGCCCCAGGUUUACCUGGCAUUCAUAUUACAACUGAUAUGAACUACCAAGGAAGAACUCCCGAUUUGUACCUCAAUACUGCACAGGGUGCAGCUAUAUACUUUGAUAGAACCAAUGCUUCCAAUGCGAAUCCUCCUGUGACUAUUGGGCCAGGUUCGCCUAUGGUAGUGUUUUUCGACAUGCCUCUUGACCUAAAUGGACAAGCUCCCAAUCCUCCUAACCAACAUGAGCCAGCUCCGAACGAGGUUAUCAGCGAUUUUAACUUUUUAUCUUACUUCACAGUACCUCUUUCGACAGUUUAUUUACCAGUUUGUCAGGACAUCACACACAGAAACAACGAUGAAACAUGCAUGUGA